UGAUAGUUUUUCAUAGAAACCAUAACGUGUGUGAUAUUUCGUGCGGUGCUUGUUUCAAAAUUUAUUAUAAAAUAAAAUUAUUUUUGCUUUAGAAAUUUUAAUAAAUUUUAGAAUAACUAGUGUCUACGAAACAAUUAUUAACGCUAAGUGAAGUUUUAGUAGUGCAUUUCUUCGGAAAAAAACGAAAAAAAGUGCAACGAAAUCAUUUUUAACCUACACGUGUGUGGAACAUAUCAGCAAAAAGUGAAUUUUUUCACACAGUCCUUUGAAAGAGAAAAAAGUUAACAACGCGUCAAGAAGUAACGGCGAAAUUCACACAUGUACCCGAAUCCACGUAUCCGGCUGUGAAAAGGCAACGCUGUAUACAUACAAACCUAUUUAAAUAACACAAACGAAGAGAAACUACAUAAAAGAGGCAAACCGCGACAGCAACGCUUGCAAUUGAGGCUAAUAACUCUUACAAAUUAAGACUGGUUUUCGGCGGAUUUUUAACGUUCAAAAACUAAAACAACAACAAAAUGGUUAACAUAGCGGACAGCGGCGGCCGACAUGCACCACAAGAGAUGGAACAAUUCCUGCCCGGCGAUGGCACCAACAACAAAUAUAAAAUCCAGCCGCGAAAAGAUGUCGAACAGGCGUCAUCCGAUUUCGAUCCGUUCGCCCAACGCAAAGUGGCACAUCCCACAACUGACAAUGAGACUCUAACGCAUUUGCUGAAAGCCUCGCUCGGCACUGGCAUUCUAUCCAUGCCGAUCGCCUUCAUGUACUCAGGUAUUGUGUUGGGCAUUUUCGCCACCAUCUUCACCGCUUUCAUCUGUACACACUGCAGUUAUGUACUGGUGAAAUGCGCACACAAACUCUACUACAAGUCGCGUCGCACGGAGAUGAGCUUCGCCGAAGUUGCUGAAGUCGCAUUUCAGAACGGGCCCAAAUGGGCACGUGGUUUUGCGCCAGUUGCCAAAUUCUCCAUACUAUUCGGAUUGUUUUUGACCUACUUUGGCACCUGCUCGGUGUAUACCGUUAUUGUUGCGAAGAAUUUCGAACAGGUCAUGGAACAUUGGUUAGGCUAUCAGAUUUCACUGCGCCUACUCAUCUCCGCUCUGCUCAUACCGCUAAUUCUACUCUCGUGGAUACCGAAUCUCAAAUACCUCGCACCCGUCUCGAUGGUGGCCAAUGUCUUUAUGGGCAUCGGUUUGGGCAUCACAUUCUACUAUCUCGUCAUCGAUUUGCCACCGGUCACAACACGCGAAUUCGCCAAUGUCUCUACCAUACCGGCUUUCUUCGCAAUCACCAUAUUCGCCAUGGAAGCGAUCGGUGUGGUGAUGCCACUGGAGAAUAAUAUGGAGAAACCACGUCACUUCCUCGGCAUUUGCGGUGUUUUGAGUCAGGGUAUGUCUGGUGUGACUUUGAUCUAUAUGGCGCUCGGUUUUCUUGGCUAUCUGCGUUAUGGUACAGCUACCGAAGAAAGUAUUACGUUGAAUCUGCCGGUGCAUGAGUGGCCCGCGCAAGCUGUUAAGGUGUUGAUCGCCUUGGCUGUUUACUGUACAUUUGGUCUGCAAUUCUAUGUGUGCCUUGAAAUUGUCUGGGAUGGUAUUAAGGAUAAGUGCAAAAAGCGUCCAAUGUUGGUCAAUUAUGUUUUGAGAACCGUUCUCGUCACUGCCGCCGUUGUAUUGGCCGUCUCAGUACCCACUAUUGCGCCGUUUAUGGGUCUCAUUGGUGCCUUCUGCUUCUCCAUACUUGGUCUUAUAUUCCCUGUUUUGAUUGAGCUCAUCACUCACUGGGACACCGGUUUCGGUGCCUUCAACUGGAUACUAUGGAAAAAUGUCAUUAUCGGUUUCUGCGGUGUGGCAGCGCUGAUUUUCGGCUCCAUGAGCGCUAUAAAUGACAUUAUCAAAGUGUACACGAUCGAUCCCAAUGCUAAUGAGGCUGCACAACAUGCGCUCAGCAACAUUACAGCAACCAGCCUUUAAGCUUCAGUAUACAUAUGUACAGUUGUACAGCCAACUGUGGCUGUGUGGAGAGUUUUUUGUUUUUAAGAAGAAGAAGAAGAGAAGAACGCGCUUUUUUGCAUGUAUUCGCACCGCUAUACCGUUGGAUAAUUUAAUUGAAUUUUAAUUCAUUAGUAUAAUAGUACAAAUAAAUAAUGUAUACAUACAAUAUAUAUAUACAUAUUUGUCGCUAGUAGCUCUACAACAUAUACCACAUACAUAUGUAUAGUUUAGGCAGUGAAAAUAUGGUGCAACUAAAAAUAUAUAUUUUUUUCUAGAUAGAUUAAAAAAAAGACAACGGAAACACGUGUAUUAUGUAUUGAAGUGCCUCUUUUUGUGUCUAAACAACAUUUGUUUACAGUUAUGCACACAUACUACAUACAUACAAGCAAAUAUUUAGCGCUACAUUGCCACUGUGGCAAUUGCGCUGUAAGUAAAUGUAGUUAAUAGUUUCCGUUAAUUCAAUUCAAUGCAUCCUAUAUACAUACAUACGCAUACAUAGUUAGGGCUAAGUGAAGUGCUAGUGGCAGGCUGAAUUUCAACAGCAACUAAGUAAAUUUAAUUUUGCUGCCACGUGCUUAUUCAAUGUAGUUAUGUAUAGUGAAUAUGUAAUGAUUACUAAUCAUGCAUUAUGUUUUAUUGUUGCAAAUAGAUUUUGUACAUUAAAGUUAGUAGUUAAAUUCAAAAUAA